AUGGAGUCUUUUACCAUUGGAACUGGAGCCUCUAUCUACACACAGAGACUCUUACCAGCCAUUCUAGCCGCUGAGCAAGAGAUCAUCUUGGUAACAUGCUAUUGGGCCCAGUCCAAGACGCUGACAGCUCUUUGCGACGCGCUGGUGCAGCUCGCAAGGCGACGCGAAGCACAACAGCAAAGUAACGUUACCCAACCUUUGCGACUGCGCAUCUGUUUCUCAUCUCGAUCCCUCUUGCAAAAACUCUUGCACACGUCCUCCAGCGAUGGCUAUGUAUAUCCUCCAUCGACAUGGACAAGCAAACUGGGGCUGCCGUCACCGGAGGUCUUCGCCGCCGGCAAGAUCGACGUGCAGGUGAAAAGCCUCUUUUUCCUGCCAUUCAGCGUGAUGCACCCCAAGUUCUUAAUCGUGGACCGUCGACGUGCAUUCCUGCCCAGCUGCAACAUCAGCUGGGAGCCGUGGCUGGAAGGUUGCUUGGAGCUUUCGAGGAGGGCGUCACAAGAUGAUCCAAUCGAUGGUCUGCUGAGGUUCUACAAAGGGGUCUGGGAGAGCGAUUUGGACCUGGCACUUUUCAGGCCACAGGUAUUGGAAGCACGGACAGAGGGACCUUGGGAGCAGUCCACCUCCCCCAUCAUCGUCAAAUCCCCCGCGGAUACAUCAGUCGACCUCUCAGAUAUCUACGUGCCCCCUGCUGCUGUCGAGUGGCUUCCUUCCUGGCACACUCGCAACCCUUCGUUCUGCUUAUUCCCCUGGCAGACGCCUAAAGCGCCAGAAACGCCUCUCAACACAGCUUUGUUACGACUUUUUGAUGAUGCAACCAGGAGCAUCAUUUUAUAUACACCAAACCUAACCUCUCCUCCAGUUCUCUCGGCAGUCCUCCGAGCAUUGGCCCGCGGUGUGGACGUCAAUAUCGUUACAAGUCGGAGAAUGAUGGUCUGGGAGCAGGUGUUGACCGCUUGGACGACAGCAGAGCGAUGCAUUAAAAGUUUAACGAGGAAGUACACUGCCAUGUAUGAUGACGACAUGAACGACCUUGAGGCUCAGACUACUCGUCGUGGAUCACUCAAAAUAUCAUACUACAGGCCCGCUAACAGGUCUGUAGAGGGCGAAGAGGAGGAGCCCAUGCUUUCCCACUUGAAGUUGAGCAUUUUCGACAGCGAGCAUACCGUGUUGGGCUCAGGAAAUAUGGAUCGAGCAAGUUGGUUCACAAGCCAAGAACUCGGUAUAGUAAUUCACGGAACUGCUUUUGCCACUGCAGUGAAGGACACUGUGGACCGAGCCCUCGAAGCUAGGUUGGACCCGGUCUUUCCUGCACCUCAAUGA